GUCUAGUCUUCUAUUUCUAUGUCCUGAACUAUGACCCUUUCCCCGCCCACCUAAAAAUAAACGUGUUUCACACUUGCAAGCAUGGCUUCUUCGGCUAAGAGGAGAGCAGUUGGCUUGGGUGAAAAUCCCGAAGAAAGUGAGAAUAGCUCGGAUGAGAACCCCGAGGAUGAUGAUGAAUCUGCGGAGGAUGACAGCGAUGAAGAAAUUAAUGAGGAGGUUUUGGUGGAUUUUGAGGCUCACGCUAUUUCAUCCAAUGAUUUCAACGGCAUUAAGAAGCUGUUAAAUCGGCUCUUCCUGAAGGCUCAUGUGGACGUAUCAGAGAUGACUGACAUUAUUAUCCAGCAGAAUCACGUUGGAAGUGUGAUAAAGCAAGCUGAAGUGCCAGAGGACAGCGAUGAUGAUGAUGAUGAUCCAGAUGAAGUGUUUGGGUUCAUCACUAUGCUCAACUUGACAGAGAGAAAGGGUGUGCAGUGUGUGGAGGAUGUGAAGGAGCUGGUGGUGGACCAGUGUGAGAAGAACGCUCCUCACAGCGUAACGGAACAGCUCGAGAAGAUCCUCAGCGACACGAGCAAACCUGUGGGUCUGCUGCUGAGCGAGCGCUUCAUCAACGUACCUCCACAGAUCGCCCUUCCUCUCCAUAAACAGCUACAGAAAGAAAUGGCRGACGCCCAGAGGACAAACAAGCCGAGCGGGAGGUGUCACUACUGCCUGAUGAUCAGCAAGACGUGCAAAGAGGCAACCAAGAGCAUCCCAGCCAGAGGAGAAGCUCCAAAAGAGGAGUACAUGUUUAUCAAUGCGGAGGAGGAAUUCUUUCAUGAGCAAGCCAUCAUAAAGUUCCACUACUCAGUAGAAGAGGAUGCAGAUUCCUGUCUAAGUGGCAGGUGGUCGUCUGACGACGUUCCCAUGAAGCCUUUCAGGACGGUGAUGGUGAUUCCUAUGGACAGAAUGCCUGCUGUAAUGGAAAAACUAAAGGAAUAUCUGACUGUGUGAGCCAAGACUCAGACAAUCUGGGAAUUAUGCAAAAAGGCUGUUUAAAACCUCGGCUACCGUUGGUGGCUUCCUGAUUCUAAAAACAGCUUUUGUGGCUAAAGCAAUUAAAAGACUAGCUUUUUAA